ACAAAACCCAUGAAAUACAAGGCGAGUGCAGUGGACCAUUGUGAAGAGCUCUGAGACAGGUGAUCUUUGGAGAGAUGCAGCACCAUCACAAACACUCUGGGUUCAGAGAUUACAACAGUGCCUCUCAUUACAGUACUGAACAGUCGCCUUUCUACUAUGACUGGAAUCAAACAAAAGAGGAGAACAACAGGAAACGCCAAAAACUGAAAAGAUGCAUCGAAGAACUGAAGUCAAAUUUUGACAGACAGCACCUAAUUCUCAGGGGUAAAUUAAUGGAAAUGAUGAAGAUAAUUGAGAAACUUGAAUCCAUGCACAAGGCCACUACAGUGGGAAGUAUAGCAGGAUCAUCAAUGGGAGCAGCAGGAGGAAUCACAGCCAUCGUGGGUUUGGCUUUAUCUCCUGUAACAUUAGGUGCUUCUUUAAUUGUCACUGCUGCAGGAGUUGGAGUCGCAGCUGCUGGAGGAGCAACACGUUCAGCAUGCAACCUUGCCAACAUGAUGAAGCAGGAAAACCUAUGUGAGGCUAUUGACGUGAUCAUCAAUGAUUUCAUGAGCAUGAUCGAUCCAAUAAUUGAGCAAUUUACAAGUGUUUAUAAAACUAUAGAAGAGAUAAGAGAGAUGGAGCAGGGGAUGAGGGGUAUGCAAGCAGAUGAGAGAGCAGCCACAGAUGCUGCAGCAAGUUCAGGAGUUGAAGGGAGUCGAAACAUGAAGGUUUUUAAACACACUGUCAGUUCUUUCAAUGCGUCUGAAAGGUCUGAAAACAUUUUCAAUGUGGCAGCACAAGCUGACAAAGUCACCCCUGCGGUGACCACUCUCACUGCCGUAGUCUCGGCUUUGUUUGUUGUUUUUGAUGUUAUUCGUAUUGCACAAAGUACAAAAGAGAUCGCCACAGUAAAUAAAAAUGCAGACAAGAGAAAAGCAAAAGAAAUCAAAUCAGACACUUUGAAACAUAUUCAGUUGAGGAGCGAAAUAGUUGCUUGCUUUCAGGACAUCCUGAAUAGUAUGAAAUCUGACAGAGACAACUUAAAUAAAGAGUUACAAAAGUUGUGAAACAUCUUUUCCAGUUAGGUAUUAGCCAGUGGCGGACUGGGGCAAAAAAGUGGUCCUGGACUUUCUGGCACAAAGUGACCCAUCACACCCGGUCCGCAACACACCUCACCAUAAUACCCACCAGCUCAUUAUGCACAGAGCAAUUUUUUUU